AUGUUUAGACUUAGAGGUAGAACAACUAGCCACAGAAGAACUGCAUAGACAAGCUGCUUGAGUACUUUAACAUUGACCAUUUGGACUUUAGCAUAUUUUAGGAGUGUGAGUAGAGAGACUCAAGAACUCUUCUUAUUCAAAUGGAAUAAUUAAAAGGUGUUGGAAGAUUCUUUGAGUUAUGUGGAACUGCAGGAUUACAAGGAAAAAAACAAUAAAGUUCUAAUUGGAAAAACUAGCGAUAUUUACGACAAUUACUAAUUGCUUCACUUCAUCACGAUUGCUCAUAGUUUUACCACUAUCAUGAUAUCUGGUUUUAUAUACAAGAUGAUGAGGACAGAAAGGUUUAUGGAUAGAAGGCAAUACAUAUUCUUGGCUUUAAUGACAAGCAUCAUCACCUUCCUCUAUUACUUUUCACUUUUAUAUAUGGUUUGGAGAGGUGCUCAGACAGCCAAAGAUAGUUCAGUGUUAAGCAUAUUUGAGCAGAUUGCUAACAUAAUAGGAAGCAUAUCAACUAAUGAUGUAGCCUUUAUAUUCGCCAUAACUAUGAACUUUGUUUUGCUGUUUGGUCUGUAUUGCAUUAAUGGUGUCUCUGUUUUGCUUUCUGAUAUUGCUAGAAAUCUUGAGCAAAGACGCACAGGUGGUAGAAGACAAAAUGAGUUAGAGUUAAAUAGAUUAGUUGGAAAAUGA